AAGUUAGACAAUCCGCGCCGACCGGACAGCGGCGUGACUCACGCACGCAGCCCACCUCACUCGACCAACUCGGCGGCUCCAUGAAUCUGGCCGCCUCCCUUUCCACGACGACCGCCCCCGGUCCCCAUGGGCUCAUGCCAUUAAAUCGCUUCUCGCUUCGCCGCUCACUCUACGCCUCCCUCCGGAAGAUCUCGCCGCUCACCCCCAUGGCAUCCGCUCCCGCCUCCGCGGCCGUCUCCACCACCGCCGGCAACAACAACGGCGUCGUACCGAAGCCGGCGGAGGCGCACCCGGUACAGGUCGCGAAGCGAUUGGAGAAGUUUAAGACAACAAUUUUCACACAGAUGAGCAUGCUUGCAAUAAAGCACGGAGCAAUAAACCUUGGCCAGGGCUUUCCCAAUUUUGAUGGCCCUGAUUUUGUCAAAGAGGCUGCUAUCAAGGCUAUCAAUGCUGGAAAGAAUCAGUAUGCAAGAGGAUAUGGUGUGCCUGAACUGAACUCAGCUGUUGCUGAAAGAUUCCUGAAAGACAGUGGAUUGCAAGUGGAUCCUGAUAAGGAAGUUACUGUUACAUCUGGAUGCACCGAAGCAAUAGCUGCAACAAUAUUGGGUUUGAUCAAUCCUGGGGAUGAAGUGAUAUUGUUCGCUCCGUUUUAUGAUUCAUAUGAAGCUACGUUGUCAAUGGCUGGUGCCAAUGUAAAAGCCAUUACUCUCCGCCCUCCAGAUUUUGCAGUCCCUCUUGAAGAGCUAAAGGCUGCAGUCUCGAAGAAUACCAGAGCAAUAAUGAUAAAUACACCUCAUAAUCCUACUGGGAAAAUGUUUACUAGGGAGGAACUUGAAUUCAUUGCUACUCUCUGCAAGGAAAAUGAUGUGCUGCUUUUUUCUGAUGAGGUGUAUGACAAGUUAGCAUUUGAGGCAGAUCAUAUAUCAAUGGCUUCUAUUCCAGGUAUGUAUGAGAGGACUGUCACUAUGAACUCUUUGGGGAAGACAUUCUCCUUAACUGGAUGGAAGAUUGGUUGGGCAAUAGCACCACCACACCUGACAUGGGGUGUAAGGCAGGCACACUCAUUCCUCACGUUUGCCACCUCCACGCCAAUGCAAUCAGCAGCGGCGGCAGCUCUGAGGGCACCAGAUAGCUACUUUGAGGAACUGAAGAGGGACUACAGCGCAAAGAAAGCAUUACUAGUUGAUGGACUGAAGGAUGCAGGUUUCAUCGUUUACCCUUCAAGUGGAACUUACUUCGUCAUGGUCGAUCACACCCCAUUUGGUUUCGACAGCGAUAUUGAGUUCUGCGAAUAUUUGAUCCGUGAAGUCGGUGUGGUCGCCAUCCCUCCAAGCGUAUUUUAUCUGAACCCUGAGGACGGAAAGAACCUGGUGAGGUUCACCUUCUGCAAGGAUGAUGACACGUUGAGAGCUGCGGUGGAAAGGAUGAAGACAAAGCUCAGGAAAAAAUGAUGGGGGCAAUUUCAUGUAGCUUUUGCUCUUUUGAAUAAAAUCUGCUUGAUCUGAACUGCACAUCAUUUUAUGUGACACUUUUCUAGCAGUAAUUACAUACCCUGUCAGUGAUUUCAUCUCUUGCGUCGUUA